AUGGAAGCAUCUUCUUUGAGUGCUAGAAGCAUUAAUUUAAUUACUUGCAGACUAGAAGGUAAGGUAGCAAUCAUUACCGGCGGUGCUAGUGGCCUCGGUAGAGCCACUGCGAAGAUAUUCGCACGAUAUGGUGCAAAAGUCAUAGCUGCCGAUGUCCAAGACGAUCUUGGUCAUUCCCUCGUGGAUGAAGCCGUGACAUCGAACCAAACCAUCUCGUUCAUACAUUGUGACGUGACCAAAGACGAUGAUGUGAAGAACCUGGUCGAUACGGUUAUCUCUGAACAUGGAAAGCUCGACAUAAUGUUUAGCAAUGCAGGCAUACUAGGUAACCUUAGCCCUAGUAUCCUAACCGCGGAUGCUGAGGACUUGAGUAAUAUAUUCGGGGUCAAUGUGUUUGGUGCAUUCUUCUGUGCUAAACACGCAGCCCGGGUUAUGAUUCCCGCUAAAAGAGGAAGCAUCAUAUUCACCGCAAGUUGUGUUUCAAAGGUAGCCGGUUUGGCAUCUCACACUUAUACUUCAACCAAACAUGCAGUGGUCGGGCUGACCAAGAACCUAUGUGUGGAGUUAGGGCAACACGGGAUUAGGGUCAACUGCAUAUCACCUCAUGCAGUCCCCACAACGAUGUACAAUUCAGCGAUUCCUUUGGAAAAAGAUAUCGCGGCUCGUUUGGUGAUGGAUACGGCCGUUUUGAAAGGGGUGACACUUGAAGCGAAUGAUGUUGGGGAGAUGGCAGUUUUCUUAGGAAGCGAUGAGUCGAAAUAUGUUAGCGGGGUCAAUUUGUUGAUAGAUGGAGGCUACACAACCACAAAUUCAUCACUUGGGGAUGCUUUGGCCAAGGCAUUAAUUCAUUCACCGUAAUUAAUUUUAUAAUCU